UUUUCUUGAUCUCCGUUUGAAACCAAAUAAGCUAGUUCAUCAUCCACUCGUUCUUCAGUCCCUAUAUGAAUAAAGCAAGAAAUCGGAAGUGAAAGGUUUAAUUAGAGGUUUUCAGUAUUGAAGAAUCAAUGGCGCAAUCAACAUUAAGAGCAAAGGAAUAUGUACAAUCAUUCGUAUUGUUGAGUAGACACGUAAUUCCCGCCGUCAGAUUAGGGACAUGGAGAUCUAGUUCCCAAGCUUUCGAUUCCGUGGCCACCGCUAUUCUCGAGGCUGGUUAUCAACACAUUGAUACAACUAAGAGUACGGGGUUACGAAGAGGCAUUCGAAUCUUACAGGUAGGGCAUGGUCUCACGACAACCAUGGAUGAAGUAAUCGAGAGGAAGGAUCUCUUCAUCACAUCCAAGCUAUGGGUUUGUCUUGCAUUGUUGAACACACUUCAAGAGCUUCAACUCGGCUACCUUGAUCUUUAUCUGAUCCAUUGGCCAUUUCGUCUUAAAGAAGGAGCAGUAGGCCUCCUAAGGUAGGAGAUGUCUUGAACUUCGACAUUGAAGGUGUUUGGAGAGAAAUGGAGAAGCUCGUAACACAAAACCUAGUUCCAACGAAGCUAUUCCCAUGGGGGUUUUGGUUUCAAACGCAUAUCAAGAAAACGGAAAUUGAUUCGGACAAUCGGAAAUCGAUUUAAUAGGGAGAAGAUAAGAAAUUUACACUUUGGUCCCCACGAGUUUUAGAAAUGUGACAG